AUGUCGCCCAUAGACAUUGCCGAUUCCAAGAAGCGCAAGCGCAAGGGCAGCAAGAAGGCGCCCGAGGUUGAAGAGACCGAAACUACCGUGACCGAAGUCGCGCCCGCGCCCAAGAAGUCGUCGAAAAAAUCCACCAAGAAGUCCGAGAAGGCGACGAAGAGGAAGGCUCCCGAAACCGAUGAGGAGAGCGACGUCCCCGUCGAAGACGUUGCCGUCGAAGACGUUGCUCCCGAGGAGAGCGAGCCGGAGGAUGGCAACGAUGAGGACGACAAGUCUCCGGCAGACGAUAGCGACAACGAGGGCGAUGCAGAGCUGGACAAUGCAGCUACCCAGGCUUUUGAAUCCCAGCUAUCGCUACCCGCUGUGGACGGAGCAGAGCCGAAGAAGUUUGCGGACCUGAAUCUGUCGGAGAAGACCCAACAGGCUAUUAAGGAAAUGGGCUUUGACAACAUGACCGAGAUUCAGUCCAAGGGUAUUCCACCUCUUCUGGCCGGCAAGGAUCUCCUUGGUGCGGCGAAAACUGGAUCCGGCAAGACUCUGGCCUUCCUCAUUCCCGUCGUCGAGAUGCUACACAGCCUCCGCUUCAAGCCCCGUAACGGCACUGGCGCAAUUGUCAUUAGCCCCACCAGAGAGCUGGCAUUGCAAAUAUUCGGCGUCGCGCGCGAGCUCAUGGAGCAUCAUACACAGACUUUUGGCAUAGUUAUGGGCGGUGCCAACCGUAAGGCUGAGCAGUUCAAGCUCGAGAAGGGCGUAAACCUUCUUAUUGCCACCCCUGGUAGACUUCUCGACCACCUGCAAAAUACCCCCGGUUUUGUGUUCAAGAACCUGCGUACACUUGUCCUGGAUGAAGCCGAUAGAAUUUUGGAAACUGGAUUUGAAGAUGAAAUGCGCCAGAUAGCGAAGAUCCUGGGUAACCCCCAAACGCGUCAAACCGCGCUGUUCUCUGCAACCCAAACCACCAAGGUCGAGGACCUUGCCAGAAUCUCGCUCAAGCCCGGCCCGCUCUUCAUCUCAGUGGACCACUACAAGGAGCAUGCUACCGCUGACGGCUUGGACUUGGGCUUCGUCGUGUGCGACUCGGACCUCCGGUUCAGAUUGCUUUUCACGUUUUUGAAGAAGCACCAGAAGAAGAAGGUCAUCGUUUUCACGAGCUCAUGUGCAUCUGUCGAAUACCUCACGAGUCUGCUCAACUACAUUGACCUGCCUGUACUGGGUCUUUCGGGAAAGAUGAAGCAGCAAAAACGCACGGCCACCUUCUUCGAGUUCGCCAACAGCCAAGCUGGCUGUCUGAUCGCGACCGACGUGGCAGCUCGUGGCCUUGAUAUCCCUGCCGUGGACUGGGUCAUCCAGCUGGACCCCCCUGAUGAUGCACGGAGCUUCAUUCAUCGCGCCGGACGUACGGCGAGAGCAGGCAAGAGCGGACGUUGUCUCCUGGUCCUGAACCCGUCGGAAGUGGGCUUCAUCAAGGUGCUCCGGGAAGCGAGGGUUGAGCUCACCGAAUUCGACUUCCCCGAGAAGAAGCUGCUCAACAUCCAGAGCCAGCUCGAGAAGCUGAUUUCCAGCAACUACUAUCUCAACAAGUCUGCCAAGGAGGCGUUCCGAUCGUACCUCAACGCCUAUGCCAGUCACAGUCUGCGCAGCAUCUACUCGGUGGAGAAGCUGGACCUGAAGAAGGUGGCACGCAGUUUCGGCUUCACUGCCCCUCCGCGGGUCGAUAUUCAGCUCGGCUCCAGCAUGAGGGACAGGAAGCAGGAGGGCAGAAGAGGCUACGGUAGCCAGCCUCACCAAGCCAAGAGAUUCAAGCACUGA